AUGCCCAUCCUUCAUAGAGAAUCCUUCGCCGUGCGACUUGCGAACUACCAGUCCGAACCAGAACUAUAUGCACUUGUAUGCUCCCUGUGCGCCAUGACGAUGAUCCAGCUAUUCACCACUCCCGGCAACCAUAGCGACCUACUAUCGCCAAUCUGCGAAGCACUAAUUUCAGAAUCAUUAAGAGCAAGGAAAUAUUGCGACUACAUCGGAUCAACCUCUACCGAAACUGUCCUAACCUCUUUCUUCCUCUUUUGUUCAUACGGGAACCUUGAAAAGAAUAACCAUGCCUGGUAUUAUCUCAGGGAAUCUAUAUCUUUUGCGCAAUCUAUCGGGAUGGAUGACGAAAAGGGCUACAUAAAUCUUGACGUGGUGGAAGGCCAGCAACAUCGGCGCAUAUUUUGGCUUUUAUUCAUUACCGAAAGAGCUUAUGCGCUGCAGCGCCACCGGCCCCUCGGCUUGAGAAAAACUAUAUCCCUCCCUUCGCCCGACGAUUCCCGCGUCGAUCCAACUCUACUCAAUAACUUCAUCACCCUUGCAAUGCUAUUUCAAAACGUCGAUCAUUCUUUCCUCGAUCUAUGGAACGAGGGGGACGAUAGUGAGUUUUCGGAUAGCAUGACCCUCAAACUUCAUCAACAGUUACGGUCUACGAUACCACCCGUAACUGAUGCAAUCAGGAUUCAGAAAGCAGAUAUACUUGUAAGCCAGCAAUGGCUACAUCUGCUUGUAUGGCAGUUGAGUCUGAUUAAAGGAUGUUUGUCGAGUAUGGCACUAGUCGAAACCAUGAGGUUACAAUUUCCGGUUACAAUUGCGAAGAGUGUUUUGGAUGUUACAUCGCGAGUGUCUGUAAGUGAUUUGGAAGCACAUGGCAUUGGAAUGCAGGAGAAGCUAUUCGAUGUCGGAUGCGCUCUCUCGGAUGUUAUAGUCUGUGUUCCAGACCUUGCUACUAUAUCAGCAUUCGAAGUGAGCCCUAAAGAUUGCCUUCAUGAACUAAUAGCCACCCUUGCAAAUCUACGCGGAGGUCAUUCCCGUUAUUUGAAUGCGUUGAUCACGAAAGCAGAUGGUGUCCUGCAACUAAAUUCGCCAUCGGCUACAACCUUCCAACCCUAUCUAAUGGAAACCAAUGAUGACCAAGACAGUUCCGAGAAUGAGAGGUCCAGAACCAUCUCACCGUCUGACUCCGAUAACCUGACGGAGCUCCUGUAUGUAUAA